AUGGGAAAUGAGAAUCCUAUUCUCAGGACUCAGGAUAGUCUGUUAACAUGCAAAACUAGACUACAAGUUUGGUCCAAGUUAAAGGGAGGGGGGAAGAACAGGACAUUACAGCAGAAGAGGAUCUUGCUAAAAGAGCUCCAAUUACUAAACAAAGGGGAUCUAAAUAAUGAGAUAAAAGGGCUGCAGAGUGAGGUAGAUGUAAUGCUGGAGGAAGAGGAGAUUAAAUGGAGGCAAAGGUCUAAGCAACUCUGGUUAAAAGAAGGGGAUAAGAAUUCCAAAUAUUUCCAUAAAUGUGCCACUCAAAGAAGACAGUGGAAUGAGAUAAAAGUAAUUGAAAAUGAAAGUGGAAAGAAAGCUAGAAGUCAAGAGGACAUUAGCUUGCUGUUCCAAGACUAUUACCAGAAUCUUUUUGAGUCUUCAAACCCCCGAAACAUUGAGGAUGUUCUGAGGGACAUAGAACCAGGAGUAACAGAUGAAAUGAAUAGGCAACUAGUGAAGGAAUGCAGCCUUGCAGAGGUGAAGCAAGCAGUUUUUGAGAUGAACCCUAUGAGUGCCCCAAGUCUUGAUGGUUUUUCUGCAGGGUUUUAUCAAGACAACUGGCAGUGUGUAGGAGUUGGAGUUUUUUUGGCUGUUAAGGAGGUGCUGUCGGGAGGUAGAGAUUUGGGUAGGAUUAAUGAAACAUUCAUAGUUUUAAUCCCAAAAAAGAAAAAGCCAGUAUUUUUCUCUAAGUAUAAACCUAUAAGCCUGUGUAAUGUUCUUUAUAAAAUUGUCUCUAAAGUGUUGGCAAAUAGGUUGAAAAAGAUACUUCCCUUGUUAAUAUCACCUUCCCAAAGUGCCUUUGUACCUGGUAGACUAAUUUCAAACAACAUUAUUGUUGCAUAUGAGGCUAUGCACUCCAUGCAAUACAGAAUGAGGGGUAAGAAAGAAGGGUAUAUGGCAGUCAAAUUGGACAUGAGCAAAGCUUAUGAUCGCAUUGAGUGGGACUUUUUGGCUGCGGUUUUAAGGAGAAUGGGAUUUAAAGAGAAAUGGGUGGGACUAAUCAAGGCUUGUGUGGAAACAGUGAGAUAUUCAUUGAUGAUAAACAGAAUUCCUCAGCAACCUUUUCACCCUACUAGAGGAUUAAGGCAAGGGGAUCCUCUCUCCCCUUACCUUUUUAUCCUAUGCUCAGAAAUACUUGGCAGGAUGCUGAACAAAGCUGAGGAGAAGGGUUAUAUUUCUGAUGACAGUUUGCUCUUCUGCAAGGUUAAUGCAUUGGAAUGGAGCAGGCUUUACAGCUUACUGAGUCAAUAUGAGAGUGCAUCUGGUCAAAGGUUAAACCUGGAGAAAACUGCAGUAUACUUUAGCAGGAACACAAGAAUUGAAGCCAAGGAUGCUAUCUUGUCAGGUGUUAGGCUGUGUGAAGCUAGAUCCUAUGAGAAAUACCUUGGCCUCCCCUCAUAUGCCAAAGUUGGAAGCAAUGCUUCCUUCCUGUGGAGAAGCUUUUUGGAAGCAAGACCAAUCCUGCAAGAGGGACUCUUUUGGAGGAUCGGUAAUGGGGAUUUUGUUAACAUAUGGACAGAAAAAUGGCUUCCUAGACCAUCUUCUUUCAAGGUGCAAUCUCCCCUUAAAGCAGAAUUUGCUGCCAGUAAGGUGUCUACACUUAUUGAUUCAAGCUCAGGGGCAUGGAAAAUGGAUACUCUAAGAGAGGUUUUCAGGCAUGAGGAAGUGGAAGUAGUGUGUAGAAUACCAGUAAGUAUGAGUAAUAGCCAAGACAAGUUGAUAUGGAGGUGUGCAAAAGAUGGAAGGUUCACGGUUAGGAGUGCUUACUAUUUGGCAGGGGAGAUGUCAGCUGAACAAAAAGGGCAAACCUCUCAAGCUAGGCAGAAGUCUGAACUUUGGUCAAAGCUAUGGAAGUUAAUGGUACCAAGUGCUACUAGAAUGCUCUUAUGGAGGGCAUGCCAUGACUCUUUGCCUACUAACCAGAAGCUUGUGCAGAGGAAAAUCAUAGAGUCCCCCUUGUGUCCUAUCUGUGAGACAGAAUUAGAAUCUAAGUUGAAAGUGAGUGAAGUGCCUUUCAAAGAGUUGUGUAAAGAUAUGUUUGAUGUUCUGGAUGAUCACAGUAUUACUGUAUUUGCUGAAACUAUUUAUAUGAUCUGGAGGAGGAGGAAUAGCUUUGUGUUUGAAAACAGGUUCAUGGACCCGAAUGAGCUAGUAAAGGCUGCAAAUCAAAAAGUUAAGGACUAUCAGGAAGCAAACCAGACAUCAGGGGGUAAAAGGGUGGCUACUACCUUAUCUCAAUCCUAUUGGUCUGCUCCUCCAGAUCAAUUUUAUAAGGCUAACUGGGAUGCCUCAGUGGAUAGGGUCAAGAGCAGAAUUGGUAUUGGGGUGAUUAUUAGAGAUUGGAAUGGAGUGGUGGUAGCUACUCUCAGACAUCAAAGGGAGUCUUUUCCAGACCCGGUUGUAGCAGAGGCUUUAGGGGCUCUAAAAGCAGUUUCUUUGUGCCAACAAUUUCUUCUUGAUAGAGUCAUUCUAGAGGGGGAUGCUAAAGUAGUAGUAGAUGAUAUAAACUGUGAUACAGUCAAGUGGAACUCGGGUGGGAUGAUCAUUCAAGACAUCAAGCACAAGCUCAGCUCGAUGGGGGAGUGGUCUGUGCAGUUUAUACCAAGGAACAUUAAUACAAUAGCUCAUAUACUAGCUAAGGAUGCACUCAAACUCUCUGAGGAGAGCAUUGUAAUGGGAGGAAUCCCUUCUUGUAUCCAAGCUUCAAUGCUUUAA